CCAUUGGAAGUUGCAGCUUAUAAGACAGCAUUCAGAAUUAGGAAUCUAUUCUGAAUGCUGGAUGGACUUUUCAUCAGGGCAACGAUGGAAGUUUGCCUGUCAACUUUAGUGCAAAUCUCCAGCACCAAACAGCAACAGAACGUGCCUAAUACUUUCCUAGACGAAGAAUACGGAAGGACAAUACGGCCUCACACUUCCGUCCCUUUUAUGAAUUAUGUGGAAGUAACUCGCAAAAAUGUCUUUGUUACCAGGGAUACAAUGCUGUCAGUGAAGAGACUUCCAAACUGCAGCUGGAGCAAGGAGCAUAGAAGUGAUGGAGAGGCAUCUUUGAAGAAAUUGCUGUUCCUAGUGACAAAGUGAAGCAUCUAGGAAGUCCAUCCGCUGGACAUGGUCUGCAGGGUGACCAACUUAAGACUGGAUAAGAAGCACCUAGACAUUAUCUCCCAUCAUUGCGUACAAAGUACAAGAAGCUCCUGCAGUAGAGUGAUUUCCUCCGUUGAAUGUUAGUGCGCUGCUGGUAUUCUGGGGGCCAUGUGUUUGAAUCUCGACCCAGGGGCAGGCUGUUCGGCUUCCUUCAUUCCUUUAAGGUGCAGAGACUGAAGUGUCAAAGAAGGAGAAACAGAGAGAUACAGCAAGUUCUGUUCUGAAGUCCAGUAAGAAGAAACAUUCAGAGAAGUGGGUUCGAGAUUCUAAACAGAGUUUUUCACAUCCAUGGCUCUUGACUUCAUUGAAGGGUCAUAGCGGAGAAGUGCUUGAUAUGGAUUUCAGCAGCAAUGGGAAAUUCCUGGCAACAUGUGCAGAAGACUCGGAGGAACUGGACCCAGGAGGAGGUGGUGGUAGCAGUGAGCAGUGCAGUGGGAGUGAAGGCAACAAAGAGAACAGCCCACAAGAGAAUGGCAAGGGAAUUCUCAGCCGUCGUCAGAAGAAGAAUCGUGUUCGUCGAGAUGAUGGUUCGCCAGUAGCAAAUCAGACUGGAUCCUCAACUGCCAGCAUGAAGAAGAGCAAAGCCAGGGCUAGGCGGUCAGCCAAUUCUGGAGAUUGGAACGGUAGCCGACGCCGUAUCGCCAAUGCCCCUGCGCUACGCCAGCAUGCCAAGCUGAACCUUGCUGACUGCGACCUUUCAGUGUUCCUGCGUCAUUAUAUUCUGAGUCCUGACCAACUCCUAGGUCUAGGCUACCCUGUGGAGAGUUCCUUAUAUCCUGGACGAGCAAUUAUCUACAAAAAUCCUGCCACAAACAAAAGUUCCAACCAGUCUGUCCUCACAAACACUCAUCCACUCACAACUUCUUCACACUUUGACGUCAAUGCUCAGGAGUUUGUGCCUAUGAGCGCUAAACAGCCUAAGGGAACACCAUGUUAUUACACUAAUGGAAAUAUUAUAAGAGAAUCUCAAGGAGUAAAUAGUACAAUGUACAUUUCAAAUCUGGUAGAUAGAGGUCAUGCAGGAUUGGAAUAUUGUCCAGUUGGGAUUGAAUGGAAUGUUGAAAAAGGUGUGAAGCGAGAAGACCAUGAGAACAAUAAUGUAGUUAUCACUGCCUUAUUGGAUGACAGUCAUACAAAGAUCAGCUGUGAAGAAGGGUUUUGUAAAGGUUCUGAGAGAAAGUCCACUGACUCAUUUGAGCAUGUUGACUGCAGUGAGAAGGAUACAAGUGUGAUAUUGCAGAAGGAUGUAGAUGAGAAGGAAGAGCAGAAGCAAGAUUCAAAGAGUUCUCUGAAGAGCAAAGUCCAUGAGCAAGAGUUGAGUGGUAGUGAUGAGAAAAAGUGUGUCCGUUGUGGUCGUGGUUUCUUUGUGAUGACAGAUGGGGAGUAUUUAACUCAGGAGCAGUGUCUGUAUCAUUGGGGGAAAUUACAGAAAGUAGUGGGGCCAGGGCCAAAUAAGAUGGGUGUUACUACAGUUCGUACUGAAUACAGUUGCUGUCGUGGCAAACCAAGUACACGUGGAUGUACCACAGGAAAACUACAUGUGUGGAAUGGUGUUGGGCCUGGGAUAAAUGGUCCAUUUGAUGGCUAUGUGCGUACUCGUCUUCGUAAGACUCCGCCCCCAGAUGGAAAUUUUGGAGUGUAUGCGUUAGACUGUGAGAUGUGUUUCACAACGCGUGGACUGGAGCUAACAAAAGUGACUGUGGUUGCUGCAGAUGGGCGCCUUGUGUAUGACUGCUUGGUGAGACCAGAGAACUUUAUUAUUGAUUAUAAUACGAGGUUCUCGGGCAUCACUGCACGUGAUCUGAGCAAGCGUGCUACAAAAUCUUUACGGGAUGUUCAGAAUGAUUUAAUGGGUUUCAUCAAUGCUGACACUAUCCUUGUGGGUCAUGGAUUAGAAAAUGACCUUCGUGCUUUGCGUAUCAUCCAUGGCACUGUGAUUGACACAUCCGUGAUAUUUCCUCACUAUUAUGGGCUUCCAUAUCGCCGCUCACUCAAGUCAUUGGUCGGUUGCUUCUUGAAGAGAAAAAUCCAGCAGGAUUCUUCUGGACAUGAUAGCUUUGAGGAUGCACGAGCAUGUAUUGAGCUGAUGUUGUGGAGGAUUAGAAGGGAUUUCCGCAUGAUUCUUGAGAAUAGAGCACCACAUUUUGCAGUUAGAUGUUGAAUGCUCAAGUAUUUCUUCUACCUGCCUUUAUUAUUUGAUGCGUUUGUCUCAAAAUUGCAAUAUAAUGGAGUACUUGGCUCUUCUUUUGAGUCUAAACGAACUGCGCAUUUUCAUUGUUAGAUUUGAUCUUUCAAGAUCAUUGUCAUACUUGGGUUCAGUUUGCUGUGCUUAAGGUUUAUUGUGUUGCAGUGUGUAGGAAUAUAUAUUUUUUGCAAUGAAAAACUAAUACUCAUAAAAUUUACAUAUAUGGCAGCUAAUAUUUUAAAAAGAAAGAUCUGUAGUAGUUUGACUUGAUCAGAUUUAAAGUUACAAUAUUUUGACUUGCACUGCACCUGUCAUACCUGUUGCUGCAUUAAAUUUGAAUAAUGAGUGUUCUUGAUGGUAAAGACAAAACAUGCUAGUCAUUAUGCUGUACUGUUCCUUGGAACAGGGAACUAAAAUUAUGAGACAUUGGUUGAAUGUGAACAGAUUGUAAGUCCUGUUUUAAGUACCUGUUCCUUUAUUGAAGAUUUGAUUGUCAGAACUGUGAUUUGUGAAUUGUUGAUUUCAUUAAGCAUAUAUUUUGGUUUUCAUGUAAUCUAAAUGAUUAAUCCUUUCAAUUGCAAAACCAUUUGAAACUAUUUGCUGUCUGCCAUAGCAAAAUAAUAAUACUGGUACAGAAAGUCUAAUAGCAAGGAUUUGGAAUGGUUUGUUCAUAGAUCUUAGAUUUGCAGAUUGGAAAGAGUAAAUAUCUGGCACUGAUUCAGGCUAUACAGUUUUGUGUUUAAUUUUUUGUUCCUUUUACAUUUUAUUGCAAAAUAAUUUGAAGGAAAGAUGCUACCCUUUGGUGGUUGAGAUGCUGUUUAUAGUAAAAUCACAUUCACUGAUCUUAAUCCUGCAACAUGUCUACAAGUAGUCUGUCAGCUGUGGACAUAAUUUAGAAGAUUGUGUAGCAUUCAGUUUAUGAAUCUCUGCACUGAUGGAUCACUGCCCACCUCCACUGCCGCAACAGUAGCCGCUGGACUGUGUUGUGAAAUUGUGGUAUGUAUGACAAACAUGUCAGUGAGUAAGUAACAUGGUUUUGAUGUGAAAUGUCUUGUGGAAGAAAAUAGAGUUGCUUUGUAUUUAUUUAUUUUUAAUGUGUGUUGCACUGGGUGUUAUGAAGGUAUUCAUUCCUUAAUUGUGAUUAAUUUAAAAAUAGGAACUGGGAUUCAUGAAUUUGUGAUGGUUCAUCUGAAAUAUAUAAUGGAAUUGCAAGAACGGUGAAUGUUAUCAUGACAUGGGAACUGUGCAGUUCAAAUUGUGAUGAUGGAAAGUAUGAUGAGACAGCAAGAGAUGUAGGUUUUACUCAUGUAUGAUAUUUGAUAGAAAAGUGACGUCUGGCUUUAUGUUUUAGUUUAUGGGAAAAAAUUGUGAUAUUUAAAAUGAUUUUCAGUAUUAUAAAUAGUUAUAAUUGUU